AUGUCUUCGACUACCUCCGACGAAUCUAAUGAAAAUGAACCAUCCGAAAAACAGCAAAGAUUUCCCGCAAUUCUUAUAAUUGGAGAAAAAUCAGGCGAAGUCCAACCAUAUCCAAUUAAAAUAAAUGAAAUAGAUUACAUUUUAAUUGAUACUCCGGGUUUAAUACCAUCUGAUGAGCAAUCAAGUCGUGAUUCAAGUCGUGACAUUAUAUCACAAAUUGAUGAAUUAAUUCAAAAAUCAAACAGAAUGUCUAAAGCUCAGAAAGAAAAUUUUCGCCAAAUUAUAAAUGCUUAUUGGAACAUUAUAAUAAUAGUAUUCACAAAACGUACACAGGAUCAAACAACUUCAAGGCAAUAUAUGGAAACAACAUUUGAUACUGAAUUAAGAAGAACUGUUGGUAAACGUGGUAUAAUUACUGGUC